CGCAGGGUCCCAAUCGCAAGUCCACAAUUGCCAGUGAGUUAAAAAAACCAUGAAGAAGCGACGCAUAACCAGCUUAGCGGGAGAUAUAGAUGAGUAUGGAACCGAGGAACAGAGGAUUCCGAUUCCAACUCGUUUGGGCUUCCGCAUUGAAUUGCGAAGAGAAGAGGCACACGUUUGCCACGCGCAGCGGCUCUUCAAAGAUUUGCUGCCUCUGCUGGCGGCGCUAAUUGUUGGAUUCGGAAUGAUCGGCGCAUGCGCAGCGGUUGGCUACUCCUAUACGAGAUUCGAGGGUCCGGUGGCGGGACCGGAGCACCUGAUCACCGUCCACGACGGACGCGGCACCGUGGACUAUGUGGCCCGGCCAGAGUACAGCUUCGCCUAUGGCGUCGAGGAUGGCAAGACGCGUGUGCUUCAGAAUCGCAAGGAGACGCGGAACGGCGACGAGGUGCGCGGCGUCUACAGCGUAGUCGAUCCGGAUGGCACCUUGCGUGUGGUUAAAUACACGGCCGACGAUGCCAACGGCUUUCAGGCGGAGGUUAUUACGAACGGUGUGAAAACGCUGCACGGCCAUGGAGCCGAGGGCGAUGCGGGUGGCGGUGGCGGAACGGUGGACAACCAGGUGAGGCACGACAGCUCCGAGGCCCAAGAAGCGCAGGAGGAGGAGGAGGGCGAGGAGGAGGAGGCGCCUCGCGGAGGAGGAGCAUCACCUCACCAGGGAAAUGGGCAGUACAAGGUGCACGAGGAUUACGACGAGGGCAAGGACGAAGGGGGGGAGGAGGACGGGGAGGAGGAAGGGGAGGGAGGAGGUCACCAGGAGUACGAGGGCAGCAGCGAGGAGGGAUACGUCGAAGCGGAUGCUCACAGUCAGCAGGAGGAGGUCAGCGACGAGGAUUACUAG